GAUACAUCUGGUUCAGUUCUGGUUCUGAGUGACAAUGCGGAUUUGGUGCUUGCUGGUGCUCGCGACCGCUCUGGUGGACGUCGCGGUGAGGGCUGUCGCCCUAGAAACACCCUCAUACAUCCUGCCGUGCAACCGGACCGACCCCAACAUCAACGCCUGCAUCAAGAGGGGCUUCACACACUUGCGGCCCUACAUCGCGGCGGGUAUACCCGAGCUGUCUGUGCCCCCGAUGGAGCCCCUGGUCAUCCCGCGACUUGCGAUGGAGAACGGCAAUGGGGCCGUUCGCGUGAGGGCGACGUUCAACAACAUGACCAUCCGCGGAGGCAGCAACUAUACCAUCACGUGGAUAAAGUCUGACGUUCCUAAGUACCGCAUAGACAUUGGGCUGUCCCUCCCACGCAUCGAGGCGACGGGGAAGUACGAGGUGGCGGGGAACGUCCUGCUGUUCCCGGUCCGCAGCAAAGGAGAAUUCUGGGCCGUCUUCUACAACAUCUCCGCGGUGACCAAGAUUGUGGGCAAGGAGGUGACACUGGAGGACGGCAAGCGGUACAUGAGGACGGAGAAGCUCCUGGUCGACUUCACCCUGGGGAAGUCCCGCUUCAGGAUCCGCGACUACAUCAACGACGGAAACAUUCUGGGUGAGGCCAUGAACCAGUUCCUGAACCAAAAUGCUGAGGAGAUCAUCAAGGAGAUGAAGCCUGCAGCGUCGCAGACCAUUGCCCGGUACUUCAGGGAGUUCCUGAACGCCGCCUUCCUCAAGAUCCCCAUUGAGGUGUGGCUGAGGGACGCAUAGAUGCGUCAUCUCGAACCGCUGUCGCCUGGGACACCGUCCUCUGUAAGCGGCCCACACCUCAGGAACGUUCCCGUCCACGUUUGAGAAGUGUCCCGACCGAACCGCGCAGAAGACAGCACAUAACAUGGGUUUGUUGCGUAACGGGAUGUCUUACAGAAGAGAGCUGCAGCAUGUUAGGUUCCGAACCCACUAGCAUAUGAGGGAGAGUCAGUAAAUACGUCACACAGCUGUAAUGGAGGUAAUAGGUUUCCUAACUGUAUCACUAGGUAGCAGCACAGUCCGGCUUAAUGCGAGCCUAGGUGGCACAUGCGCAUUCGCAUGUUCAGCGGCUUGUUUCAGUAGUCAAAGUGGCGACCGUGCUUGAGGAUUGUACUACCAAAGAGCAGAGUUCUCGUGUGGGAAAAAGGAAUCAAUGCAAAGGAUAUUCAUAAAGAAAUGUUUCCUGUUUACGGUGGGAAGUGUUUGUCGCGUAAAGCGGUUCACAACUGGGUCGAAAAAUUCUCUCAAGGACGAUGAUGCCCAGCCAGGUGAGGAAGUGGCUGAGGCAACAGUCAAAAGGCUUCUAUGCUGUGGGUUUCGACGCACUGGUAAAGCGAUGGGACAAGUGUAUCAAUGUUGGUGGAGGAUAUCGCGAGAAAUAAAUGUUUUUCUUUCUCCAGGUUCGAAUAUCGCGUGUUUUGCGUUUUAUAUCCACCUGUGACGUGUUUAUCGACUCUCCCUCGUACACUUCCCUCAGUCAGGACAACCCUGCAACCAGACACAGGUGCACUCGGCACACCCAGACUGGUCCCAGUGGAAUAAUACUGAACAGAAAUAGAGAUAAGGGUUUCCCAUGUAUCCAUCCCCAUUUCAUUAUUGCCGACUGGAGGGGGAGGGGUCAUUGUUUUUAUUGACCGUAGAAUGGAUUUUAGCCCCGCCUGCAGGGAGGUUUCAGUUUCGUCAUCCUGUGAUGCUUUCCACGUUUCUUACUGGCAUCUUUUCUGUUAUCUCCCGCUGAUGCCGUAUUAUUCUGCCUAGAACUGCUUUUGGUCUGAGAAUAGCGCAGGAACUUUCCUCCCCGACACCUGGUAACUGUAACAGAUACAUUUCCCGAAACGUCGUGUGAAAUAACUCAAAGACGAUGGCCAUAUCCGAAACAAUUGCCAUGUUUAAGUCAGAGCGGACUGAUGAAGCUGUGGACGGUGGAGACUUGCUUGCAGAGAGACAGCAAAGUGUAUCAACAUGGUACAAAUACACCAAAACUUGUAAGAGGCUGCCUGAACCCCAAGAAUGCUUGUGUGCCGUGAGUGUGUGUGUGUGAACAGACAAAGACACCCCCUCAUAUGAGAAUUCAGCACUGCUUUUUACCUCGACACAGAGAAAACUUUAGUUUAUCUUUCCUCAUAUUAUUAAACACAGAGUGUCCACUCAAAACGUAAUUCUGCAUAUCACGAAUGUGACUUAAAAUAUCCACCGACUAGACAUCACACUGUAAUGUAGGUUUUGCGUUAGAAUUUCGAAGAAAGGCUAUUUUUUUACAACAUACCAAAUACUGAGGCUGAAUACGUUUUGGUUGGACAUUAUGUAUAGCGAGUAUUUGUGAUUCAUAUGUACAGAAUGUUCCUCCAGUAACCAUAUCUUAGUGUCACAUGUAGAGUGUACAAUAUAUAAUAAUAUUUAUAA